AUGGCUGACAAAAUAACAGAGGCCGCGACUCUGAUGCCAACUACUGCUGGGACCAGGCCGGAAAAUGUCAAAAUAGCAUCGUGGAUCUUCAACCACGUUGGCGAAGUCCACCAGAUUUCUGAGAGCUCGUCUGAUAUGCAGUUCUGGUUGAGUGCGCCGGUGCGAGACCUGGUGGUCAACAAUGCGAUUGAAAUGAUGAAGCUAGUACCUUCGGGAGAACACCGGAGUGUUCUGCGAGAGAAGAUUGCUUCCCUGGGUGGCGCUUCUAUCAGGGCGCUGCUGGAGCUGGAAAAACUGGGAGUUCGCUCGGCCUUUACAACGGCCACCAUGGCGGCUGCGGAACGGUUUGAAAAACAGGUUUGGGAGAAAGGUGGUGUCCUGCUAGAAGCCGAGGCUGGUGACGUGUUCAUCAUCCCAGCCGGCGUGGCACACAAGACGCACAACACCAAACCCGAGGCCGAGUUUGCUCUAUUGUCACCAGGAACUGGGCACGGGAUCGAAGCUAGUGGAGGUGAUUGGGACUUUGUCGCCACUGGGGGUGAUUUCGAAAGGGUGUGGUCUGUUCCUAAGCCGAGGUACGAUUCUGUGCUUGGGAGCUCAGAGCGAGGACUUUGCAAGACCUGGCGGGGAAGCGACUCUAUGCCUAGGUCUCAUCUCUAG